AGCAGAUAAUGAUUGAUGGAGGACGUCAUUGUGAACACUGGAGUCUGUUCGACAACAACAGAAGGAGAAUAUUUAGUUUAUUUUGUUUUACUUUGGACUAAAGCAGGCGGAUGAUGUUUGUCAGGAUGGUUUCAGUUUCUCUCCUGUUGCUGUUGCUGUCCGUCCUGUUUUCAGCUCAAAGUUUCGCUGUAAAGACGGACGAGUUUCUCGGCCCUCCAGAGUGUCUGGAAAACAGGUUUACUCGUGAAUCGUGUGACUUGGUGUUCUGUCCUCCAUGGCAGCGCUGCUUCAACGGACGUUGUUUCUGUAAACCAGCUGACCAGUGUCCAACAGGGGGCGUGGCCUCCGUCUGCUGCCAUGACAACCAGCUACGCUCCUACUGCCAGGCGAUGGCUACUUCCUGUCUGACCAGGAAACCCGUCAUGUCCCACUUUGGAGGAAACUGCUCAGACCAUCAGACAAAGUUCAGAACUUCCAUCGAGCAGAACACCGGAGUAGUCAGGCUCUUUAUCCCCAGCACUGGGAGCACUGGGAACACUGGGAGUUCUGGGGAGGAGCUGCUGGUGUGUGAACAGCUGUGGGAUAUGGCUGCUGCCAACGUGGCCUGUAAGGACAACGGACACCUGCUCGGCGCUGCCUCCACCGGUUCUCUUCCGUACGUCGCCCUGCAGACCGACAACCAGCCAGUAAAAUGUGUCAGCAUCCGUUGUCAAGGUUACGAGAACUCGCUGGCUGAGUGUGACAUCUAUGACAGUGUCAGGGUGGACGGCGGGAAGGUCGCCACGGUAACCUGUGAUCAGCUGGCAGGUGAGGAGUGCGACUUCAGGUGUGUAAACAGGAAGUGUGUGUCCAUCAAUCAGACGUGUGAUGGUGUUGACGACUGUGGUGACCGCAGUGACGAGAUGUGCUGCCGAGGAUGCAGGAACGGAGCGUUCCUCUGCAGCUCAGGUGUGUGUCUGCACAGAGAGAGGCUGGGCGACGGCCAGGUGGACUGUCUGAGAGGAGAGGACGAAUCCCAGCUGAUCACAGGUAAACAUCAGCUGAUCACAGGUAAACAUCAGCUGAUCACAAGCAAACACCAGCUGAUCACAGGUAAACAUCAGCUGAUCACAGGUAAACAUCAGCUGAUCACAAGCAAACACCAGCUGAUCACAGGUAAACAUCAGCUGAUCACAGGUAAACAUCAGCUGAUCACAAGCAAACACCAGCUGAUCACAGGUAAACACCAGCUGAUCACAGGUAAACAUCAGCUGAUCACAGGUAAACAUCAGCUGAUCACAGGUAAACAUCAGCUGAUCACAGGUAAACACCAGCUGAUCACAGGUAAACAUCAGCUGAUCACAAGCAAACACCAGCUGAUCACAGGUAAACAUCAGCUGAUCACAGGUAAACAAACAGGAUCCCAGCUGAAGUCUCAUGUUUUCUACCCCACAGGGCCUCUGCCAUCACUCCCUCCUCUCACAGAGUACAUCUCUCCUAAAAGUGAAACGAAGGCGGCCAGAGCACACCUGGAGUCCAGGCUGAAGUGUGGAGUUCCUAAAGUGACCAGAGUCAGGGAUGAUGAGGAGGAGGGAGGAAGAGGACGCUUCAGGAGGGUGGUGGGAGGACGGCCGACUCACCCGACUCAGAUCCAGUGGCAGGUGGGGGUGGAGGUGAAGCAGGAGUUCCAGUGUGGAGGAGUUUAUAUCGGAGGCUGCUGGGUGGUGACCGACGCUCACUGUGUCCGGCCCUACUCCGCCCCUCCAGCCGGUCUGAAUCCGGCUGCGAUCAGCGUGAAGUUUUCUCUGUGGCGAAGAGACAGAGUUGAGAAGACGACGGACACAGCUUCAGUCCAGAACGUCUUCAUCCACCCACAGUUCAACCCCAACACCAGUGAGAACGCCAUCGCUCUGCUGGAGCUGAAGAAACUUGAAAACUCAGAGGAGUGUUUGUCGGAGAACCCGGCCGUCAGUCCGAUCUGCGUCCCCUGGACCUCCAGGCUCUUCCAGCCCAACCACACCUGCACCAUCUCUGGGUGGGGACGCCUGAGGCAAGCUGGCCCUACAGCUCUGGUUCUACAGUGGGCUGAAGUUUCCCUCAUCGCUGACUGCCAGAGGUUCUACAACAGCAGCCUUAAAGUCGGGAUGAUCUGUGCAGGAAAUCUGGAUGGCGGUGUGGACGCCUGUACCGGGGACAACGGAGGUCCUCUGGUGUGUCGGGAUGAACUCGGAGUUUCCUACCUGUGGGGCAUCGUCAGCUGGGGGCGGGGCUGCGGCCGGGCCGACUCACCUGGAGUCUAUGUGCAGGUUUCUCACUACUUUGAGUGGAUCCGACUCAUCACCGGCUGGUCGACUGUGACCAAGUUCAACUCCUGAAAAUGAUGUUAAUAAACUUCAGUGUUUCUGGA